GUGAAGAACCCGAGCGGAAAAAAAGCAGCAGCCGCGAACUGAACCGAGCGCAGCUGUGUGGCCGGCAGGAGCGGGAAAGGAACGAUGGCAGCCGCGGCAGUGGCCGAGUUUCAGAGAGCGCAGUCUCUUCUCGGAACGGAUCGCAGCGCCUCCAUCGAUAUCUUACAUUCAAUAGUCAAGAGAGACAUUCAGGACAGUGAUGAGGAGGCUGUGCGGGUUAAAGAGCAGAGCAUCAUGGAGCUGGGCGGACUGCUGGCCAAGACGGGACAGGCUGAAGAGCUCGGCGGUCUGUUGACCUACGUGCGGCCGUUCCUCAACUCCAUCUCGAAGGCCAAAGCAGCCCGACUGGUGCGCUCCCUGCUGGACCUCUUUCUGGAUAUGGAGGCCGCCACUGGUCAGGAAGUCCAGCUCUGCCUGGAGUGCAUCCAAUGGGCCAAAACCGAGAAGAGGACCUUCCUCAGACAGGCCCUAGAGGCUCGUCUCAUCUCGUUAUAUUUCGACACAAAGUGUUACCCGGAGGCCCUACAACUUGGAUCGCAGCUACUGCAGGAGCUGAAGAAGAUGGAUGACAAAGCCCUGCUGGUGGAGGUGCAGCUGCUGGAGAGUAAAAGCUAUCACGCCCUCAGUAACCUGCCCAAAGCUCACGCCGCCCUCACGUCGGCCAGGACGACGGCCAACGCCAUCUACUGCCCGCCCAAAUUACAGGCGGCUUUGGACAUGCAGUCGGGAAUUAUUCACGCAGCAGAGGAGAAAGACUGGAAGACGGCUUACUCGUACUUCUACGAAGCCUUUGAGGGCUACGACGCCAUCGACAGUCCUCGAGCCGUCACGGGACUCAAAUAUAUGCUGCUCUGCAAAAUCAUGCUCAACGCACCGGAAGACGUCCAGGCCCUCAUAAGUGGCAAGCUGGUUGUGCGCUACGCCGGAAGACAGACGGAUUCCCUGAAAUGUGUAGCGCAGGCCAGCAAGAAUCGCUCGCUAGCCGACUUUGAAAAGGCCCUGAGCGAGUAUCAAGCGGAAUUGCGGGAGGAUCCCAUCAUCCGAACGCAUCUUGGCAAACUCUACGACAACCUGCUUGAGCAGAACCUCAUCAGGGUCAUUGAGCCUUUCUCCAGGGUCCAAAUGGCACACAUCUCCUCCAUCAUCAAACUGUCGAAGGUUGAUGUCGAGAGGAAAUUAUCGCAGAUGAUUCUGGACCAAAAGUUUCACGGGAUUUUAGACCAAGGUGACGGCGUGCUCAUCGUCUUUGAUGAGCCCGCGGUGGACAAGACUUACGAGGCGGCCCUGGAGACCAUUCAAAACAUGAGCAAGGUGGUGGACUCGCUUUACAACAAAGCCAAGAAGCUCACCUAAGGUCAGGUCGGAUGGGACGGAGGUGCCGCUCCUUAUUUUCCUCCCGCGGGCAAUCUGCUCGGCCUUCUUCCCACUUCUGUCGCUCGGUCCCGAUCUUGGGGGGGGAGGGGGGGGGGGCGACGCCAAGAGCUCCUCCCGCCGGCAAAAUCUGAGCACUGCAGCCCUCGCCUGCCGCCGAUGGCUCCUAGUGCCGAGAAAAUCAAAUGGCUUGGACCCCCCCCCCCCCCCCCCCCCCGUUUCUUUUCUGCGCUGGCCAUCGUUCAAUCUUGUCAAAUAGAAAACAUCCUCAGAAAGAGGUUCAAUCGCAUUGUGCUCUACCUGUUUUUUUUUUUCCCUUCUCUGAGACUUGCUAUUUUUGGGGGGGGGGGGCUGAAGACUACGUACUUGUACAGGCAAGAGUUUCAGGUCUGCCUCUUUGAGGCAAAGUCACCCAAGGCUUUCCGGCAUUUGAUCCUGCGACGCUGUUCCUUUAAGACCACGCCGCAAAGAAGCCGACCAUCAUGUUAGCGUUGCGCCGCUCACCCGCAUCCAACCCCCCCCCCCCUUUGGAUCCCGUUGCCAAGUUCAUCCGCUUCCCCGUGUAAUUAUAAGCUCUCCCUUUUGUACGAUACAAGCAACAUGUAAAUCUCACCGGGGGAGAGCGUGGCCGACGCUUUCGGCAUUCCGCCGUCUGAGCAAAGGAGGGACGUUGAUUUCGGAGAUCUUUAGAGAAAUUGUACAUUUCUGAAAAUGUCAUUUUGCAGGGACGGGGGUUUGACCUGCGUCAAACAACUUGUAAAUAAAUCAACAUAAGCCUGUA